AUGGAUGAAAAGGGACGCAGAGACGAGGACGAGAGUAGCUUGAGCGAGAAUAGCAGGAAGGACGAAGCUGAAGAUGAGCAGGACCCAGGUUUGGAAGAAGAAGAGGAUGAAAGAUCAGCCGUAGAAUCAGAAGAAGAAGAAGAAGAAGAAGAAGCUACAGCAUCAGAGACAGAGAAGGAAUCUCUGCGAGAUCGCAAAGCCUUUCAAGGACCAACCAGCCAGCAAGAGCAAGAGCAAGAGCAUGAAAAUGAAGCACAGGAAGAGUCUAUUACAAAAAGAAUUCCUGCUGAUUUCACCAAGUCAAGAACGACGAGUAACAGUUGCAAUAGUGGGACAGCCGCGGAGAAUGAACCGACAACAGCAGCAACGAGAACUACCGCGAGCGCCCAAGUCACUAUCAAUGACAUUGUCGACAGCAUCCAACCGUUACCAGCCCCGUCACCAGCUCCAGCACCCACGUUGCCUGGGGCAAUGGCGGUUGGAGGGGUCGCCCCACCCCCUCCAGAUCUCAUUGCCAACCAACGGUUCGCACGUCCUGGAUUCUUUGCUCGUGAUGAAGAAAACCAACACCAAGCAACACAAAACAGCACUGACGCUCAAAAUGAUAUUACCGCCGCAGAGGAUAGUUCCCAUGGUCAGCAGGACUAUCUCGUAGAGGCCACAUUGGUAGCUUCUGACAGAAGCAUGCGUCCAGAAUUGGCAAGGAGAACGACCACUGUCGGGAUCAUUGUAGAGGCGUUGCCCGUCAGAAGGCUUUGGUCCAAUCGAUUCAUUCUCAUUGGGAUUGCCGCUGUCAUGCUACUCAUUUUCCUGUUGGGACUGGGGUUGGGAGCUUGGAAACAAGACGAAGCAACGGACACACAUGUUCCCACUAGCCGUCCUUCUAUGGCUCCGUCCAUGAGUCCCACAGAAAACCCGAAACCUACACUGCAACAAAUUCGGGACAGAGGAGUGCUUCGCUGUGCACAUGACCCAUUCAUCAAAAGUUUCUUUCAGCUCCUAGCAAACAAUUCGGGAGAAGAAUCGCACGCAGUUAUUGCUGACUCUGGUGGAUCAACAGGGAAUCUGGAUGUUGGACUGUGCGAAGCGAUAGCAGCAGCCGUCAAUGGCAUUGAAACACCCGUUGAGCUAUACAACCAUACCGAAAAAGAGUUGCUAGCGAAUGGAACUGUGGAUAUUAUCUUGAAAGCAUUUCCAAACAUGGCGUCGGAUGUCUUUGAGGCCGACAUUGGCGAAGGCCUAUCCUACAGUGUUCCCUUCUUGUCAAUAGGUGUUGGCUUUUCAGGCAUACCAGAGUAUGUACAUUGCGCGGAGGAUGAUAUCAAGACGUUCUUCAACUGCAGUGGAAUCAGAAUUUGCGUUGAGCGCACUUCCGCGUUUUAUGAUCAACUCAUGAAUCGCAUCCCGCAUCGACAAAUUGUGCCUUUGGAGCACAGAGAAGAUUUGAAGGAAAAGUUUAGCAAUGGCACGUGCAACGUGCUAGCUACCGAAGCCUUUCCCUUGCUUGGUAUGGUGAUGCAAACAGCGGGAUACCAUGGGCCAUUUGCCACGGGCACAAUUGAGUUCACCAGAGAACUGCAUGCUGUGGCUACACUGGAUGAUGAUCAGGAAUGGACCGACUUUGUCAGGUCUGUCUUGUUGAGUCUUUUGGCUGCUGAAAAGGAGGGGAUCACACAAACAACGGCAGAGAGGAUGGGAGAAACACGCUUGUUUGGUAAAGACCACGCUCGAAUGUUUAUCGAUGCAGUGCAGACGGUUGGCAACUUUGCAGAAUUGUAUGAUCGAGAAGUUGGCCUGUAUGAGAGACCUGCAAGCAACACAAUAAACAAUGGGACGACUGGGCUGCUCUAUUCCUUGCCGUUUGGAUUAAUUUCACGCAAUGGGCCUAAGCCUAGGGAAGGAGGUACUUUGCAGAGGAUUCUGGAGCGAAAGAAACUGAACUGCGGAGUGCGUGGUGAGCGUCCUGGUUUUGCAGCUUAUGAUGAGAGUAGAGCUACUUGGAGUGGUCUUGAUGUUGACUAUUGCCGGGCACUCGCAUCUAGCUUGUUCGAUGGCAUCGCCGAGGCAGUCGAGUUUGAAGUGAUGAACAAUUCUGCCACAGCAUUUGAGUUUCUGAGCAAUGGCAGCAUUGAUGUCUAUGCUGGAGCAGUUUGGACACUCCAACAUGAUAUUAGAGAGCCAACAACCAAGCAAGGCUUUUCAUUCAGCAAGCCAUACUUCUACGGACCGACAGCAGUAGAGGAUGGGACAAAUGCUUCCGCCUUGUUUAAUGCUUUCAGCUUGUUUGACCCGAAUCUAGCUUUGGCAACUCGUGAAGACGAUCCGCAGUGGUCGUCGUUUGUUUUCUGGGUGGCAAAUUCCUUUGUGUUUGCGGAGGAAAAUCAGAUAGCGCAGCGUUUAUCCGGUUUAAUGCCGGUCUCCAAUGUCUUCUCAAUGAAGUUCUCGCGAAUGCUACGGAAUGCAGUCCAUGCCGUGGGAAACUAUGCCCCCUCCACUAUGUACCUCCUGGCUUCUUUGAAUGAAAUGCAUGUUUGGCAUAAUGAUAGUCUGAUAGUCUGA